AUGCCGUUUACGACUGAACUAACUCGCCGCCUAGGCAUCAGAGUGCCCGUUGUCCAGGGUGGCAUGAUGCAUGUCGGAAAUGCUAACCUCGCCUCUGCUGUUUCUAACGCUGGAGGGCUUGGUAUUAUCACCGCCCUGAUCUUUCCAACUCCGGACGCCCUGCGCGAAGAGAUCCGUCGCUGCCGGUCUCUCACCAGCAAACCCUUUGGCGUUAAUAUCACCAUCUUGCCUGCGCUUACGCCACCCGACUAUGGGGCUUAUGCCCAGGCUAUCGUCGAUGAAGGAGUUACCAUCGUCGAGACAGCAGGCAAUUCUCCUGGCCCUGUUAUUUCCCAGCUCAAAAACGCUGGAGUGACGGUCCUCCACAAAUGCACGACUAUCCGACAUGCCUUCAGCGCUGUUAAACUGGGCGUUGACUUCCUAAGUAUCGAUGGAUUCGAGUGCGGCGGCCAUGUCGGCGAAAGCGAUAUCACCAAUUUCAUCCUUCUUAGCAAGGCCCGACAGACCCUCAAGGUGCCGUUCAUUGCUAGCGGUGGCUUUGCUGAUGGCUACAGUUUAGCUGCAGCGCUAUGCCUUGGCGCCUCUGGCAUCAACAUGGGUACGCGUUUUAUGUGCACAGUCGAGGCGCCUAUCCAUGUGAACGUCAAGAAUGCCAUAGUGAAGGCAGAGGAGACGGACACGACACUACUGCUGCGCCGAUGGAGAAACACAACCCGGCUCUUCAAGAACAAGGUCGCGCUCGAAGCGCUGAAGGUGGAACAGACGACUACAUCCGGUCAGUUUGAAGCCAUCGCGCCGUUUGUUAGUGGCAAGCGGGGCAAGGAGGUGUUCGUCACUGGCGAUGUGGACUAUGGCGUAUGGACAACCGGCCAAGUUAUGGGACUCAUUCACGACAUCCCGACGUGUGAUGAGCUGAUCGGGAGGAUUGAGAAGGAGGCGGAGAUUGCUUUGAAGGAAAGGCUCACCCUCCUUGUGCCGGAGCCAAAGAUGUAG